CCUUUGAAGGUGACAUGCAGAAGGGUCCAGGUAUUCUUGGACUUGGCUUUCCCCACCUCUCUGGUCUGGGUGGUUUGAGCAUCUCAGCUUCCUACACUGCCCGCCCCCUUGUUUGCUGCAUUCAACUUCCUGCCCCACCAGAGGAAGUGGGGAGCGAUAGCAGGUGCAGAGACAGCCAGCGGAGCCAUGGUUCAGGUUGAGGUCCUGCCUGCCACUCUCAGAAGUCUCAUAUCACCCCCCACCCCCAGCAGGACAAAGAGUAUGUGGGUUUUGCUGCGCUCCCCAACCAGCUGCACCGCAAGUCCGUCAAGAAGGGGUUUGACUUCACACUCAUGGUGGCAGGGGAGUCAGGUCUGGGGAAAUCCACCCUCAUCAACAGCCUGUUCCUCACCAACCUCUAUGAGGAUCGGCAAGUGCCAGAGGCCAGCGCUCGCUUGACACAAACACUGACCAUCGAGCGUCGGGGUGUCGAGAUUGAAGAGGGGGGCAUCAAAGUGAAGCUGACCUUGGUGGACACGCCUGGCUUUGGGGAUUCUGUGGACUGCUCAGACUGCUGGCUACCUGUGGUUCGCUUCAUUGAGGAGCAAUUUGAGCAGUACCUCAGGGAUGAGAGUGGCUUGAACCGGAAGAACAUCCAGGAUUCUCGAGUCCACUGCUGUCUCUACUUCAUCUCACCCUUUGGCCGGGGGCUCCGGCCCCUAGAUGUUGCCUUCCUCCGGGCGGUGCACGAGAAAGUCAACAUCAUUCCAGUCAUUGGCAAAGCAGAUGCCCUGAUGCCUAUGGAAACCCAGGCCCUCAAGCAGAAGAUACGGGACCAAUUGAAGGAGGAGGAGAUCAAUAUCUAUCAGUUCCCAGAAUGUGACUCUGAUGAGGAUGAAGACUUCAAGAGGCAGGAUGCAGAGAUGAAGGGAAGCAUCCCUUUUGCAGUCGUUGGUUCAUGCGAGGUGGUUAGGGAUGGUGGGACCCGACCAGUGAGGGGACGCCGCUACGCCUGGGGUACUGUGGAGGUGGAGAACCCACAUCACUGCGAUUUCCUGAACCUAAGACGGAUGUUGGUGCAGACACACCUGCAGGACUUGAAAGAGGUGACACACGAUCUGCUCUACGAAGGCUACCGGGCCCGUUGCCUACAGAGCCUAGCCCGGCCUGGGGCUCGUGAUCGAGCCAGCCGCAGUAAGCUUUCCCGCCAGAGCGCCACGGAGAUCCCGCUGCCCAUGCUGCCUCUGGCCGAAACGGAGAAGUUGAUCCGCGAGAAGGACGAAGAGAUUACCCACCCCCUUCCCGCCUCCAACUCCACCCAUCCCUCCAUCGAUUGGCAAGAGCCCAGAUCCUUCUCUCCUAUUAUUCGUCCAAGUCUUCUGACGAGGCGGGAGAAAAAAGGGGCGCGAUGGGAAGAUCCGCGCGCAGGCGUGGAACGCCGAGACGCUAGCUGCUCCGCCGGCUCUGCAUCUUGUGCGCAAGCGCGACGUCGGCAGCUGCCCCAAGCGAGAGGGAGGGGGCGACGGCGAGAGCGCGCGAGGGGGGUGAGAGGGCACGAGCAAGACCCCGGCGCUGGGCGCCCCCAGACCCCUGCCCCGCCUCUUCUCUCCCUGCUGCCUCCCGCGCGCCGCCCCGCCUCCGGCGCGCGCCCAGCCGCGCCCUUCGCCCUCUCCCCUUUCCCUACGGGCGGCUCCGGCGGCCUGAGGGGCGGCGCCUUCUGCGGCCUCCCCGGCGGGGGGAUGUGA